AGUUUGCCCAAACUUGUUGAGAUCAGAAGAGAAAAUUCCUCAUGUAGUAAGAAGUUGGCCAAGGGUUGUAGAAAUGACUUGGACAGUGGCUCUCAGUAACCUGGUGUUAGCAGUGUAUGGAUUUACUUUCAUCACAGGUCUUCCCGCCAACCUUUUGGCUUUUUACGCCUUCUGCCGGAAGAUUCACAAGAAGUCCACACCUAUGGAUGUCCUCCUGCUCAGCUUAACUAUUUCAGACCUGAUCUUCCUCUUUAUCUUGCCGUUUCGUAUGAUAGAUGCGGCAAACACCGAGUGGAUGCUUCCGUACGACUUCUGCCUUUGGACGGGUUUUAUCUCCUACUCCACCAUCUACAACAGCACCGUUCAUCUGACGGCCAUCAGCGUCGAGCGCUACCUGGGUGUGGCCUUCCCCAUAAAAUACAAGUUAAAACGCAAUCCCAGAAAUGCAGCAAUAGCUGUCGUUUUUAUCUGGUUGAUUUCCUUUGCACACUACAGUAUAGUCUAUAGCAUGCAAUACCACAAUCGCUCAAGCCCGAACAUCACCGACCCAUCUGAGAGGAGGGACACCUGCUACAAGGAAUUUAGCCAGAAAGAGGCGAGGAUCCCUGUGCCGCUUCGUCUGGAGAUUUUCGGCGUCCUCCUCUGUGCACCGUUUCUCAUCUGCUGCUUCUGCUACAUCAAGUUCAUCCACAUCCUCUACAAUCUACCAGACAUGAAUGCCAAGAUAAGAAAGCGAGCCAUCGGGAUGGCUGUGGCAACACUGUUUGUGUUUAUUAUCUGUCUCAUGCCCUUCAGCAUAUCAAAUGUUGUGGGAUAUGGUGACAGCAACGGCACCGAAUGGAGGCUGUAUGCUUUGGUUACCUGCACACUGAACGCGUGUCUCGAUCCUUUCAUCUUCUACUUUUCUUCUUCAGCGUUCAGAGAGACUUUCAAGAGCGUCUUACGAGAGCUGAUCAGGCGCAUGGCCAUGCUUGGGUGCCACUCAGCUUCUUCUGUCUCUUGUUUAAAGAUGGGACAGCAGAGGAGAGAACAGAGAGAUCACAUCCCAAUGACAUAAUAAAAUAACAUUUGUGGUGUUGGAUAUGUUGAGUGCUGUGGAUGUGAGGAUUGGGAGAAUCUCUGAGGUUUAGAAGAGCGUCAGUGUUAUGCUUGUUAUUUAGUUAACUGUAACCAAUGGAUGUAAAUCAAAGCCAAUUUAAUGAAAUUCUGCAGAAAUUCUAUAUUUUCACUAUUUUCUUUACAUUAUGUAGGAUGAUGUAAAACGGGGAUUUACAUUUUUGUAAAUCACAAAAAAUUACUAUUUUCACAGACACGGUCACAUAUUUUAACCUGCAUGUAGGCUUUUUGGCUCUAUCAUUCAAAAUAUAUUUAAGUUAGAUUAAUAUUUUUUUACACAAUCGACACACAUCUUUGCUACAAUUGAACACCUAAAGUUUGUUUGUGGGACCGUUAUCGUACAAUUACACCGAAACUAAGUGACCCAAUCCAUAGAUGGGAUUCAUUGUAACAAACAGAGGGUUUAUUGUUUCAUUUAACACAAAUAAUUCAAUAAAAUUCUGUCUAUAUACUAAAGGUGGAUAUUGUUUCUAUAUCUGCCUAUAAUAGAUAGAUAUCCAUACAUUCAUCCAUCCAUCAUCCUUCAUCUAACCAUCCUUGUGUUAUGCAGCAAUGCAUAGAAAUAGAUUUUCUGAAAAAAAAAAGUUCAUAAUUGUGAGUUAUUUCUCUUGAUAUUGCAUUUUCAGUUAUCAUUUUGAUGAAUU